UUGUGAUCUGUGUGUAUCAAGGUUGGAAACUGUCAACAAACCCUCUGCCCCUUUAUACCAGGGACUUUUGUGUAUCCUCUGAUAACUGGCUGGCAGGAAAUUCAAACACGAAUUCCCCCCCAGGCACUUUUCUCAGAAUUCUCUCCGAUGGCGGGAUUGAUUCUGUUCAGCAAAUUCCAAUAGUUGUCUAUCAUCACUGACCAUGUCAGCCUUCCAGGACUACGACCCUCCUAGUUCUGCCAGUUCUGAAAGGGCCUCUUUGUGCCAGCGGAUAUUCCGACAGGUGGUGAUUUAACGGCCGAAAGCCAAACUGCCGUCUUGUGAGUAUUAGUUUGGAUGCCAAUCUGAUAAAAUGUUGACUUCUCUGACUACAAAGAAGAAAGCAGUUGUGGCCCUGUCGAUCAAUGCACGAAAAUGACACAAUUGAUGAGUGAUGUCUGUGAGAGGGAGUUUGAUAACGUACUCAGCAAGGAGCUACCGUCAGAUGAGUUCAUCUCAGCGAAGAUCACACCUCCCCAAUCUCCAAGACCGCCUUCAGCUGGUUCGCAGAAGUCGCCAAGGGCACGGAGGCAGAGGACAACGUCUAGCUCGAUGGCGAAGUCGACUCACACCGCAUCUGAGUCUGUGAUUAGGAGGUACAGGAGGACCAUUUACACCGCUGGCCGGCCUCCGUGGUACAAUUCUGCGGGGCAGCAGGUCAAACCGUUUGUCAUAGGUAUUUGUGGUGGGAGCGCUUCAGGGAAAACGACUGUUGCAACAAAAAUUAUCGAAUCUUUGGACGUACCUUGGGUCACUCUCUUGAGCAUGGACUCUUUUUAUAAGGUGCUCAAUGAAAAACAACACUUGCUGGCAUCGUUCAAUGAGUACAAUUUCGACCAUCCGGACGCUUUCGAUUUUGACCUGCUCAUCCCGACACUCAAAAGGCUCAAGGAGGGUAAAAAAGUGGAAGUGCCGAUUUACAACUUCAUGACUCACUGUCGAGAGAAUAAAACCAAAACGAUGUAUGGGGCUAAUGUCGUCAUAUUUGAAGGGAUAUUGGCAUUUUAUAACACAGAAGUCUUAAAUAUGUUAGACAUGAAAAUAUUCGUGGACACGGACGCUGACGUGAGACUUGCAAGAAGGCUAAGGCGGGAUAUUUGCAAAAGAGGACGCGAUCUCGAUGGCGUUUUGAAACAAUACUGCACCAUGGUGAAACCAGCUUUCAGCCAUUAUAUUGCGCCGUCUAUGGUACAUGCUGACAUUAUUGUACCACGAGGUGGUGACAACAAGGUUGCCAUUGAACUCAUCGUUCAUCACGUCCAUACUCAACUAACACUCAGAGGGUUCAAGUUGAGGGAGAAACUUGCGAGUUCUUUCGUCGGCCAGCCCCUUCCGAGCUCGAUUUUCCUCUUGCCUUCGAGCCCGCAGGUCAGCGGACUGCAUACUUUUAUCAGAAACAAGGAUACGCCGCGAGACGAAUUUAUAUUUUAUUCUAAACGGCUUAUCAGGCUUGUCAUUGAAUACGCCCUCUCGCUUCUUCCUUUCAAAGAAAUAGAAGUCGAAACUCCACAAGGUGUCAAGUACCAAGGUAAAAGAUUAGCUACAGACAAAAUCUGCGGCGUAUCAAUCCUCAGAGCCGGGGAGACAAUGGAACAAGCCGUAUGUGAUGUUUGUAAAGAUAUUAGAAUAGGUAAAAUUCUAAUACAGACCAAUCUUAGCACCGGUGAACCUGAGCUUUAUUACUUAAGAUUGCCUAAAGAUAUAAAGGAUUAUUUGGUCAUCUUAAUGGAUGCGACUGUCGCAACAGGCGCUGCGGCUAUGAUGGCCAUAAGGGUCUUGCUUGAUCACGACGUCCCCGAGGAAAACAUCCUAAUAGUUUCUCUUCUCAUGGCCGAAUCAGGAGUCCAUACGAUAGCAUACGCUUUCCCUAAUGUGAAAAUCGUCACUUCCUCAGUCGAUCCUGAGAUCAACGAGAAGUUCUACGUCCUGCCUGGCAUCGGUAAUUUCGGUGAUCGUUACUUUGGAACUGAACCUUCUGAUGAAGUCCUUUGAAAAAGAACAAAAGACGAAAAAAAGAUAAUUAUAACAGGGAAAAGCAAGACUGAUUUUCUUUUCCCCCCAUCAUCCAGUUUUUCCACAUUAUUAAUAGACCGCAUAAUCUAUUUAUACUUAAAUGUAAUUGACUGUAUCUAUUGUAAAUAUAAUUCAAAACAUGUAUUUAAAAACAGUUAAACCUGUUACCCUUUCAUAAAUAU